GUGCGAAGUGGCGCAGGGGAGAAAUCUCGCGAUAGCUGGCGGCCGAGGCGGGGGUGGCGCCUCUUCCUCUCCUCCUGCUCGCGUUAGUUCCGGUCGCAGAGGAGACAGCGCCGCAGUUGCCGCCAGCUCGGGGAUUUCUGGCUCUUUUCUCUUCGCCUUAAAUUCGGGUGUCUUUUAUGAAUAAUCAAAAGCAGCAAAAACCAACGCUAUCAGGCCAGCGUUUUAAAACCAGAAAAAGAGAUGAAAAAGAGAGGUUUGACCCUACUCAGUUUCAAGACUGUAUUAUUCAAGGCUUAACUGAAACUGGUACUGAUUUGGAAGCAGUAGCUAAGUUUCUUGAUGCUUCUGGAGCAAAACUUGACUAUCGCCGCUAUGCAGAGACGCUCUUUGACAUUCUGGUGGCUGGCGGAAUGCUGGCCCCAGGUGGCACACUGGCAGAUGACAUGAUGCGCACAGAUGUCUGUGUGUUCGCAGCACAAGAAGACCUGGAGACCAUGCAGGCAUUUGCUCAGGUUUUUAACAAGUUAAUCAGGCGCUACAAAUACCUGGAGAAAGGUUUUGAAGAUGAAGUUAAAAAGUUGUUGCUCUUCCUAAAGGGAUUUUCAGAGUCAGAGAGGAACAAGCUCGCCAUGUUGACUGGGGUUCUUCUGGCUAAUGGAACACUUAAUGCAUCCAUUCUUAACAGCCUUUAUAAUGAGAAUCUGGUUAAAGAAGGUGUUUCAGCAGCUUUUGCUGUAAAGCUUUUCAAAUCAUGGAUAAACGAAAAAGACAUCAAUGCAGUUGCUGCAAGUCUUCGGAAAGUCAGCAUGGACAACAGACUGAUGGAGCUGUUUCCUGCCAAUAAGCAAAGUGUUGAGCACUUCACUAAGUACUUCACGGAGGCCGGCUUGAAGGAGCUUUCGGAGUAUGUCCGCAACCAGCAGACCAUCGGGGCACGGAAGGAGCUGCAGAAGGAGCUCCAGGAGCAGAUGUCCCGCGGUGACCCGUUCAAGGACAUAAUUUUAUAUGUCAAGGAAGAGAUGAAAAAAAAUAACAUCCCAGAACCAGUUGUCAUUGGGAUAGUGUGGUCAAGUGUGAUGAGCACUGUGGAAUGGAACAAAAAAGAGGAGCUUGUAGCAGAGCAAGCCAUCAAGCACUUGAAGCAAUACAGCCCUCUACUUGCUGCCUUUACUACUCAAGGUCAAUCUGAACUGACUCUGCUACUGAAGAUUCAGGAGUAUUGCUAUGAUAACAUUCAUUUCAUGAAAGCCUUCCAGAAAAUAGUGGUGCUUUUUUAUAAAGCUGAGGUCCUGAGUGAAGAGCCCAUUCUGAAGUGGUAUAAAGAUGCACAUGUUGCCAAGGGGAAAAGUGUCUUCCUUGAGCAGAUGAAGAAGUUUGUAGAAUGGCUCAAAAAUGCUGAAGAAGAAUCUGAGUCUGAAGCUGAAGAAGGUGACUGAAUUUUGAAACAACAUCCUCAGUAAAGCAAACAGGAGUUGUAGAUAAAGUGUCAUGUCUCAUGUGUCCUGGUUCUUACAUCUUCCUACCUCCCUAUGUCAGGCAUGACAUAAGGGCUUUCAUGGCAAUUUUUGUUUUAACUGUUUUUAUGGUUACUGGACAUGCUGGGUUUGGUUUCUGAAACCAUGUGUGAGUAGCUGCAGGAGCUGUGGAAUUGAAUCUGAUGUUGCAUUGGUGUUUCAGUUACCUUCUACCUCCUGUAUUUUCUACUGUAAUAAUGUGAUGUAAGGCCUUCCACAAUGAGCAGUUCACUCUAUUCCCUGGGUUUUCUAUAUAAACAGUUUUCAAGAUAUGAUUUGGUUAAAAAUAAUUUGUUACAAAAAGAUUCUGUUUGCAAAUUAAACUGUAAAAGUAUCCAACGUGUCAAAAGGCAAUGAUUUGUGUGGUAAUUUAGUAUGUCCAGAGCCCUGUUCAUCAAUGAAAGUCCUGUAGACGAUUAAAUCCAUAAGGUGAAUCCUGAGUGUGUGGACCAUUGGU